AGUUGGCAGCAGUUGGCCAGGCUCAGGCUGGCCUGACUGACAGACAACAACAGUCCAAACCAAAACUUUACACCGAGGAGCUCCAGUGAGUUGGAAAAGAAGAAGAAGAAAGAAGUUUGGAUUAAUCUGAGGUGCUUUUUUGUUGGUGUUGGGAGGUCACCAUGAGAAGCAUGGACUUGUUCCUGCUGGCAUGUUGCUUCUGCAGCCUGAACACACUGGGAGGUGCGUCUGAUCCGGAGAAGGCUCUGAUGAAGCAGCUCUUUAUCAACUACAACCUUAAGGUGCGGCCGGCAUCCAGCCCUGAAGAGAGGAUCAGGGUCCGUGUGGGUAUGGUCCUCUCCUCCUUAGUUGGACUGAAUAUGAAAAAUGAAGAAAUGAGCACAACUGUUGUCAUGAAUCUGGAAUGGACAGAUCAUCGGUUGUCAUGGAAACCCAAGGAGAAUGAUGGGAUUGAGGUGAUGCGUAUUCCCUCCGCGAAGGUUUGGCUGCCUGACAUUGUCCUCAUCAAUAAUAAUGACGGGGUGUUUGAUGUGGCCCUGCAUGUCCAUGUCCAGGCUUAUAGUAAUGGCAGAGUAACCUGGACUCCUCCUGCACUCUACUGCAGCUCCUGUGGAGUUAAGGUAACGUAUUUCCCGUUUGAUUGGCAGAACUGCACCAUGCAGUUCCGCUCCUACACGUACGACGUGACAGAGAUCGAUGUGCAGUAUGCGCUGGACUCGAAAGGCAACGAGAUCAAGGAGAUCCAACUGGACGAGUCUUACACUGAGGGCGGCGAGUGGAUCAUCACACACAAGCCGUGCAGGAAGAACAUGAACGACGAUCACUACGAGGACAUGACCUUCUACCUCAUCAUCGAGAGGAAGCCCCUGUACUACGUCCUGAACGUCAUCCUCCCCUGCAUCCUCAUCACCAUCAUCGCCAUCUUUAACUUCUACCUGCCUCCUGACGCAGGAGAGAAGAUGGGUCUGUCGAUCAACGUGUUGCUCACCCUCACCGUGUUCCUGCUGCUGCUGGCUGAUAAGAUCCCAGAGACGUCACUGGGCGUCCCCAUCAUCGUCAACUACAUCAUGUUCACCAUGAUCCUGGUCACGUUCUCUGUCAUCCUCAGCGUGGUCGUCCUGAACCUGCACCACCGCUCGCCCAGCACCCACUGUAUGCCCAUGUGGGUCCGUAAGAUCUUCAUCCACAUGCUGCCUCCUUACCUGGGCAUGCUGCGGCCAAAAGUAGAGACCCCUCUGUCCCUGGAGAUCAUGCCCCGCCAGGAGAAAAAGAUAAUCACCAUCAGCAAGGUGGCUGAUGAAUACUUCAUCCGCAAGCCCGACUCCUCCAUCCUGUUCCCCAAGCCCAACAGGUAUCAGCCAGAGGGUAUGUGUACAGAUAUGAGAAAGUUCAUUGACGGCCCCAGUAGCUACCUCACGCUACCUGACGAGCUCAAGUCCGCCAUAGAGGCCAUCACAUACAUCGCUGAGGCCCUGCAGGCUGAGAAGGACUACGAAGCUCUGAGGGAGGACUGGCAGUACGUGGCCAUGGUGGUGGACCGCAUGUUCCUCUGGAUCUUUGUCGUCUUCACUACUGUGGGCACCUUGGCCAUCUUCGCCGAUGCCAGCUUUAACCACACACCCACCGACCCCUUCAAAGCCCCCUGAAGCAGCGGGACAUUUGGUCUUCUUGAGCUAUACCCAUCCUGAUUCACCACCAUUUACCAGAAGAAAUCACUGUAUUAAACUGCCAAAUGAUUCUCUGGGUGUAGUUCACCAUCAGCCAAAGAUUUAGAAACUCUUAUAUAUGUACGCCAGGCAAGAAACUUGUCCACCGCGCCUCACGUGUUUUCUGCUGUCAUCUGCCAUCAAGCAACCCCAAAUGACCUCAAGAUGUUCAUUAGACUAGACAGUGUCAAAUGUUGAAAUACAUCUUGACAAUAUUCAAUAUCGUCACAAACUAUAAUUUCUAAUACAACAAUGUCAUAUUUGUCCAUAUGGAAAGCAAAAACGGUUCAAGUUCUUGACCAUUAGCUGCACCACUGCUUCAAGACCAAAGUUGACAACACCAGUUUUGGACAUGAGGCAUUAACAGAAGGGCUUGUACCUUUAUUAAACCUACCCUUAAACUAUGUUAACACUACAAGCGACAAAAGCAACAAAACGGCCAGCAUGGCCAGCUACAUUGUCGCCAAGUCACCAUUGAAGUGUUGCUCAAGCGCUCGUUGACGUAGUUAUGCUAUUAGAUAGCACUGGGAAGUGGCUAUGGGCAUGUUUUUUAGACGGAACAGAAAAAAGUGAAACAGAAACAUACAGUAUGAUUGGUUGACACUUCAUCGCAUUCUGAAAAGUGAAGCCAAUGCUGAAGUGCCUUAAACUUGCAUUCUUUCUAACAGCCAGCAGGGGGCGACUCCUCUGGUUGCAAAAAGAAGUCUGAUUGUAUAGAAGUCUAUGAGA